AACCAUCCAAAACAAAAAGCGACCUGGAGAGAGACAGAGUCAACCGAAAAAUCUACGAACAGUUUACGUUUGUGGACUGUAAAUUAUGUGAAAAACAGUAAAAUAAUCGACAAAAAGUGCAAAACUAGUGUUUAAAAGAGCGGCUGUUGGACAGCCCAAUCAGAUUUGCAACCGGCAAAGGAAAUCCGACCGCGUUGGUGGAGGGAUUGCGGAAGAGGCUCAGAGAUGUCCUUCUCGGCCAAACUGGAGCAGCUGCAGAAGGGAUUCGCAGACAGCGCAAGCGCAGGUGAAAGUUUACAACAGCUGCGGAAUUUGAUCGAUGGCAUUCCAAAACAGACAGAUCGCGAAAAGACGGCAGUUUAUGUGUUCAAGGAUCUGUUGGCGGUAUUUGGGGAGGUAGCCGAACGGGGAGAGCAAGAUCGCCAAUGCCAAGCCCUGGCGGAGGCGUUGAGGUAUCUGAUGCAGGUCUGCAGCGGAGCGGACGAAGCCAUUCGGUGCCACUUUGUGCUGAGGGUUUACAAUAUGGUGGUGAAGUGCAGUACGAGUGAGGACAAACGAACGACGGUCGUGCAAUGUGCCCGCCUAAUGGAGAGUUGCCACUGGUCCGAGGAACACAUGGAACUGUUCCUGAGGGUCAGCCGGGUGGUUCUGAAGAUCGUUUACGACGUGCACACGAGAAAGGUUGCGAAGCAGGGAGAGUUUAUUCAUGCGGGAAUCGAUGUGAUAUGUUCCACGACUUUGCGAUUAAUGAGGCACUGGAGUGAUUCGAACCAGCUGGAAGUUCGAUCUAAGGCGUUAGGGAUCUACUCUGAUGUUUUUGAUAAUUCGGUAGCGUUGUUGUACCGGUUGUUUAGUAUGGAUCCGAAGAGAGCGGGUGAGUUUUUUGAUUCGGUAGUGGACAUCAUGCGGACAAGUAGCAAAUUUAGCGAAUCAGAGAUGGGAGAACUGUUCCACAAGACGUUACCAUAUUUGGAGACGAUUCUGAGCUUCGGGGACGCAUCCAAGCCGUAUUUGAAGUUCCUCGAAGUCCUAGGGCUAUUCGAAGGAAUCAAAAAGGAGCCAACGGCCGCCUGCGUCUGGAUUCUGAGGACAUAUCUUCGGUUUCAAAACGAUCCAAAUCCGGACACGGAACUGUUAAAAUCAAUAUCCGAGAAGCUGAAAUUUCUUUCGGGGAAAUCGCCGCCGGAUGUGCUCCUGAUGGAAGUACUCAUUUUCAUCACACUGCAGCUGGGGAUUCAUUUGAACCAGAUCAAGCACCAAUCGUCGGAGUUGGCCGAGCCGGUCAUAGAGUUGUGCAAAACGUUGUCCAAAUUUGGGAAAUACUGCCCGAGGAACUAUUCUCAACUGUGUGCCCGAUGUGGCAGCUCUAGUCGACAUUUUGUGGACAAUGUGUCCACGAUGGUCAUCAAUCUGGCAAUGGCGAUGUCGAAAGCUGGGAAACAACUAACUCCGGAACUGGUGGGAUUGGUUUCUGGGUUUCUCCGACACAAAAUGCUCACGCUAGACGAGCUGAACUGCGAGAAAAAGCAAUCACUAUUGGACGCCGGGUUGCGUUACGUGGUCAAUUGGAUAAGGGUCGCACUGCAGUUGGUUUCGGGGAAAGAACUUCUAGACUUGGCUCGGCUAGCAGUCAGCUUCAAGUACAAGUACGACUUUAGUUUUCUGACCGAAGUUUAUCUGAUAAGACUGAUGGAGAAUUGUCUGAAAGAUUCCGGCAUAUGCCAGGCUGCAAUCGAUAUCAAACUGGUAAGACUGAUUACAGCACUUCGGAGCGAAGCUUCCGACUCGAAGGAAGUCGACGAGACUAUCUAUUCAAUAGUGAACUUUCAAUUGAGCAGUAAAAAUGAAUCCAUUCGGGACUUCAACCUCGUAGAUCUGAUUGAGCGUCCGGAACUAGAUCGAUUUGGGUUUCCCAUUGAUGCAACGCUUACCAAGCAAGAAAAAGCAUCGAUUCUCCUCGUAGAGAUGAACUUGGCUUCUCGCUACAAAAACGCGAAUGUCCUGCAGUAUUUCCAGCUUCUUCAAGAACUUGACGCGGAUCCGCUAAGACUGGGAAUGGCCAUAUACCUCUUCCCAGACGCCGGAUUCUAUCAAAUCCCUGCAGAAACCACAGAAACCCUAAAGCGAAGAAUUCUCGAAGCUCGGCCAACGAAUCCAGCGGACAAGAUUCGACGACACGGAGCUCUAGGCGUUCUGAACUACUACGCCUUCAGCGCCACCUCCAAAGCCAUAGUCAGCAAACUGAAAGACGCCCAGCUGAAUCGGGAUACCAUCAAAAAGGAUCAGAUAAACGACGUCCUCAAGGAGAACACCAUGGAUCAAGAGCUGGUUCUCCUCUCGCAACUAGAAGACACCUACUCCAACUAUCGCGACAUGGUCGUGGCCCUGGCGGAGUCCUCUUUCCAGCACUUUAAUCUGAUCUACUCCCUCAACCAAAUCUCCUCCAUGAUCGACAACACCAGUCGCUUCUUCGUCAUUAACUACUACCCCCGCCGAGCCGUCGAAACCCAACUGCUCAACUACCUCCUAAUCUGCCAAAAACCGGACCGAGUCCUGGAGCUGUGCUGCCCUCUCGGCUUCCUCAUCGAAAACCACCAAAUCUACCGCCAACUCCUCAAAGAUCCCCUCUACAGCAAACCCUGGGCUCCCACCCUAGACUCCCUCGUCCAGAAAGCCCUAGAAAUCAUCACUUCCCACCCUUCAUCCGUCCCUGACUCCCGCAAGUACCACUUCCUCAACCUGUACCUGUCCCUUUCCCAGUACGAAGCAUCGCGCCAAAACCUCCCGGCUGCCCUCGCCCACAUCCAAACCCUCACGACCCGCCUCCAAUCUGCCUCAUCAUCCACCUGCCCAACCAGUGCCAUCAUCCGGGGACGCAUCUACCACACCAUCUUCCGGUUGGUCACCCGGCACAACCUUCCCACCCCUCGCCGGAUGCCGGUGCGGAACUUCAUUCGGCUCAUGCUGGCCCAUUACAACGAGUUGCAGAAGCUUCCGGCGGAUCAGGGAUUCAUCGUGUCCACCAGCACGCUGGAGAUGACGGUGGAAACGGUGCGGUAUCUGACGUUGCGCUACGAUACGGAUCGGCUGGAGGCGCACGUGGAGCAGCUGUUGAGGUUCGUGCUGCGAAGGGGAGCUGGCCUGAGAGCGAUGCAGCUCAUGGGUCUAUACGCGACGAUGAGCGCCGACAGCGAGAAGGAGGAUAAGUGUCAGAUGCUCCUCACCUACCUGGAUCGCCUGUUGAUGCUCCGCCCGCUGGAAUCGGAUAGCAAAACCUUGCUAAAGGAGGCAACCGCCAUGACGCUGGAAGUACCGGUCAUUUCCAUAGCCGACGAUCCUAACUCCAGAAACCCGAUUCGCAAAGCCGUGAAAUAUCCCAAGUCUCCAACGAGUCGCAGUCCAUCCCCUCGGCUUCUCACCGAUCAACCGAUCGAUCACCAUCAGUAUCUAGUUAACCAUCACAGCGGAUGCAGUUGCCAGUUCUGCCGCUUUCCGCAGUACAAAUGCCAAGCCCUGCUGGUGGCCACCAUCUACGCACGGUUGGCCUUCCUCAAGGGUCAAUCCGAGCGGUGCCGGGAGAUUUACGACGCCGUGGCCAAACACUGGAAUCACCGCAGCAAGGUAUUUGACGAUGCUGGGCUUGUGGGACAUAGGGAUGAGUUUGCGACACUGAUCGCCAGGGCCUUUCUGUACUAUGGGCAGUUUCACUGUAAGGAAGGACAGAUCGAGCAGGCUCGAGUAGAGUUCGAUAAGAGUCUGGACAUAUUGGGGGGUGUUUCCCAAGGGGACGUGGGUCUGGUGCAGGAAGUGAAGAUGAAUAUCGCUGCUUUGGGAGAUUCGGAAACGUUGAAUCAGAUAAAUGCUGGUCAGUCUAAAUUCGCAGACUUUGAGAACUUUAUUAAAGAGAAUCCACGGUCUGUAUAUCUACCAACUCCAUCUGCCCAAAUGGGUAGGAUGAACACUUUCACGCCCAGAGUAGGAACUACCAGAAUUAUGCCCAAAACGGCCGUUAGAGCUGACGACCUUAUCAAGUUGAUGGCUCGCAAGCGUCUGAAAACCACUCUUGCUAAAGACUACAGCAAGGAGUCAGAACUUGUCAGUGCCAUGUCCGGAUUGUCCUGUGCCUCGGAGAGGCGACCCAAUGCAGUCAGUAUCUUUGUAGAUACUCCAGAGAAGCCCUCCGAAGCGAUCAAGGGCAAGAAGAAACUAUUCACUCAGGAAGCAUCUUCAAAAGAUUCAGAGGAAUCACCGAAGAAGCGAGGCCGUCGCAAAAAAGCGGAAGGAAGUGAAACACCGGCAGCUCCAAAAUCCACACGAAAGAAACGUAUUCAGAUGAGUCCUGUAGUGAAAACAUCCUCCUCCACAGAGUCCUUCAAGGACAUUCUAGUGAAAUGCAGCACUCCCAUCUCGAUAUCUCGGGGAAGCAACAAAUGUCGAACAGCCACCUCAAAGAAGCCUAAAGUAGGACCAGCCUUCCCGAAACUCUCCAGCCAGGAAGCCAAAUCUCCCGAAAUCCCGCAGAACCAUUCCUUCAACAGCUCUUUCCGAGAUGUGCUGCUUCAAUCCCUAACCGAGGCCAACACUUCUAAAGUCCCGUCGAAUAACUCCAGCGUAAUCGUGCUGGAUGAUUCGGAUGUGAUCAACACCAGCCUUACCCAGAAUCACUCGGUCAACGAGAGUCAAAACGGGUGUCUCUCGUUGAAGAAGUACUCCGACCGCAAGGGCAGGCCACGCAAGAACAACGCCAAACUGUGUCUCCAGUUCGACACUUCCUCGGCGGUCAUCGAUAUCACAACGCCGGAUCAUUCACCGGCAGUACUGAGGGCAGUGGGUUCGUCCGGGGGAGGUGUACCGGUACCAUCGGCGCCAACGACAGCCAAAGAGGACACGGUCAGAACGCGAGGGCGAACCAGAGCAGUGGCUAACAACAGCAAAAAAGCAGUGACGAAGGAGUCAGUUUCUCCGGACGCAGCAGGUGAGGUUAUUGUGCCGAGGACAACGCGCAACAAGGUAAGAGGCCGCCGGGCUGAGUAGGUGACCUGUUUGUAUCUUUUUGUACUUCUUAUAUUUAUGAGCAAUUUUACUCUAGGUUAGCCUAAACCAAAUUUACGAUUUCUGUUUUUAAAUGUUCUAUUCCGAUAAUGAUAUUGUCCAAUACCUGUUGAUUUAGAUCAAUAACAAGCGAUUUAACAGUUAAUAUAUUUUGUACGAUACAAUAUUGUGUUUAGUCGACCCGUAUGAAGAAGCCAUCGUCAUAACUAACAACUUAUUAUAAGCGAUCUUAACUAUUGGCAAACGAUUGUGGACAACAAGUAGUAACUAGAUAAUACACAUUAGAUAACAUUGAUAGUAUCAUAUCAUGAAGGUA